CUAUCGCAAUAUGGUCACAAUCGUAUAGUAUCGACUUUGUAUAAGUGAUAGUUUGCUCAAAAAGGGACAACAGUGCUACCAAUUGCCAACGCAUAACGCCAGUUUACCAGUUCUCAAUUUGAAGCGCAUUUCGUCACACUUUGUGUUGCCAUUCUUUGUUGACACCGCACCUGCGGUCUGUGCAAAGGGUGCUGUAAUGUCAUUUGUAGCGCAGCACUUACUCGUCGCCGGAAUUUCCUAAGAAAAACCGGAUAUCGGACGACUUUGCCACGCUAAUUAGUGUACACCUCAACAAUCAGUUGCUGCACUACUGCAACAACGACCGCUCAGAGCAAAUGGCCUCGACUCUUUCCAACUCACAGUUUGUGCUCACGGUAGUACUGGCAUUGUGGCUCAUUCAAGCGCACUCUUUGAAGACCUUAAACUGCGUGUUUUACGACGAACGGUGUAACCAAGUAGGGAAUGGACAUCCCGCAAUUGAGUACUGCAACAGAACCACGAAGGAAUGCCGAGAUGAUAAUCCGGGAACUAGCGCCGAGAACACGUUCUGCUACAGCCUUAUUAGCCGGAACGAACACGGAAACCUCAGCAUGCACAAGAGCGACUGCUGGGUACACGAACAAGAGGGGCACAACUGCAAAUCUAGCAUUUGCGAAUACAGUGAGCAUGCGCAACUCGGAUACCUCUAUUGCUGUUGCCAAGGAGACCUCUGCAACUCUCGUCCGCUGACUCUCCCUCCGGUCUCGAACCCCAAGCCGUCAAUUUCGCCCUCCUUGUCGCGUCUGCCCUUCAUCCCGUUGCCCGGUUCUUCGACGUCCGUGCCAACCGGAGAGACUGCCGUUGAAUGCGAUGUCCGCACUUUGACUGGAUUGAUGACUGCGUUCAUCGUUCUGAGUACUGGUGUUGUAGUGCUUGUAGUUAUUCUUGCUGUCCGGUCGUAUAGGAAAGGACGUUUGUCGACCGAACUGCCGGAAAGUGGUAUCGCGCAUGUGUAGCACGAUUCGUCUCGAUUUGAAAUUAAUACAAUUUCUCUACGCAUUGCAUAGCUAAAAGUGGUAAUGCAUGUUUUAUCUAUCAUCUGCCUUCGGCCACCAGACAUACCCUCUUGCAUGCAGGGCCUUCGCUUUACAAAUGCCGGAAAUUUCACCGUCAUAGCGUCGAGGGCUGGGGAUGCUAUAGCCCCCAAAACAUUUUGGGCGUGUCACUCCGUUUCAAGCAGAACUAUAACUUUAGGUUACUAAACAGUGACAGUCCGCUUAAUCUCAGAGUAGUCUGUUCACGAUCGACGACGUUAAUCGACUAUAUCUCUUUGACAAUACUCAUCAUCAUUUCAGUAUGAUAAAACCAGUGCCAAGAAGUCGUGGACAUGUAAAGUGCGCAUGACCAUCACUUAUUUGAGGCGUUUACUACGCUAUCCGGCAGAGUCAAAGAAGACCGCAUCAAAAAGGCAUACAGAAGCCUAGCCAUCAAUUAUUUUUCAAGUAAGUCUAGUUAAGGUCGACAACGCGAUUGACGGGAAAAUGGAAU